AUUGUGAAUAACCUCCAACCACAAGGACUAUUAUGUAAUUCCAACCCUUCAAAACCGAAACCUGCCAAAUCUCUCUUCAUGGCUGCACAUUUUGUUACCAUCUUUAUGAUCAAAUCCAAAAAUGACAAGAGAGAAGAAGAGAAGACAACUAUAUAUAACUAAGGGAGGGAGAAGAGAGCAAUAACCCUAUAUAAACAUAUAAACAAAAAAAUACAAAAAAAAAAAUAUUCUAUAUAGAAUUACAAAACCAGAAAAAAAAAAAAAAUAUAUAUAUAUAUAGACAUGGAUUAUCGAGUUCUAUUAUCUCUAUCAAAAUCAAUAAUACCUUUCUCCCUCCUUUUAUUAUUAUACAUUUUUCCAGUGGCUUCGACGGCGGCGACGACGACUAGCAAGGCUUUUAAUCUAUCGACGAUAACAUUCAAACAAGGCUAUUCUCCUCUUUUUAGUGAUUUCAAUAUUGAAAAAUCUCCUGAUGAUCGAAGUUUUCGUCUCCUACUUAAUCGUUUCUCAGGGUCAGGUGUAAUAUCAACAGAAUAUUACAAUUAUGGAUUUUUUAGUGCUAGUAUUAAGUUGCCGGCCAUAUAUACUGCUGGCAUUGUUGUUGCUUUUUAUACUUCAAAUGUGGACACAUUUGAGAAGAAUCAUGACGAGUUAGAUAUUGAGUUUUUGGGGAAUGUGAAUGGGCAGCCAUGGAGGUUUCAGACUAACUUGUAUGGAAAUGGAAGUGUUAGUCGUGGCAGAGAAGAGAGGUAUAGAAUGUGGUUUGAUCCAAGCAAGGAAUUUCAUCAGUAUAGCAUUCUUUGGACCCCAAAAAACAUCAUAUUUUACGUUGAUGAAACACCAAUUAGGGAAGUAAAUCGAAAUCCAACAAUGAGAGGUGACUUUCCAUCAAAGCCAAUGUCUUUAUAUGCCACAAUUUGGGAUGCAUCAUCUUGGGCUACAAAUGGUGGCAAAGCUAAAGUGAACUAUAAAUAUGAACCUUUUGCAACUGAGCUAAAAGACUUAGUUCUUGAAGGUUGCAUAGUUGAUCCAAUUGAGCAAAUUUCAUCAACAAAUUGCACUGACAGGAUUGCCAAAUUACUUGCUAAAGAUUACUCUAACAUCACAACCGAAAGGCGAAAAUCGAUGAAACAUUUUAGAGAAAAAUACAUGUACUAUUCAUAUUGUUAUGAUAACAUUAGGUACCCCGUGCCACCACCAGAAUGUGUGAUUGUUCAGUCUGAAAGGGAUUUGUUUAAGGAUAGUGGAAGGCUUAGACAGAGGAUGAAGUUUGGUGGGAGCCAUAGCCCCCGUAAAAACCGCUCCAGACGGAGCUCUAGGCGGCGGAAUAAGGUAGCUGAUGGUGGUUCAUCAAAGUCUAGCCAACGUGGUUCUGCUGCUGCAAUGUAAUGAAUUUGUAAAUUUAAGGUAUACAGUGUGAAUAUCAUGGGUUGUAAAAAAGAAAUCCUAUAGGUGGUGGUGUACCAAAGAGAUUAGUAUACAUACACACAUGAGAGGUAUAAAUAUCAAUGUGGUGGUUGAUUUGAGUAAAAACCAUAUCCAUUAAUUUUAAGAGUAGUGGUUUUCUUGUUUUUUUCACUAGGUAUAUUGGCACUACAUAUUCAUCUAA